UUUCCUUCCUCCAUGCUUCUAUUGAAGCUUCGCUACCAGGUGGCUGCUGCUGCAUUGCACGUUUUUGGUUUGGGCGCGAAUGCUUGCUCGUGCUCGCGGAGAGGCGGCUCGAGGCACCCGGUUUUCGAACGUUUGGCCGCUGAAAGCUUUUCCAGAAUGAUGCGCUUGACAGACUGGGGAAUUGCGCCUUCUAGUACCUACGAUGUUCGGAUCGAGGGUUAUUGUGAAAUAACUGGCAAGUUCGUGGCUACAGCAGACAUUCUUGAUCGUCUGAGUAGAACACGUAUCGUGUGUGUUGACGGCAAGAGCUACAAGCUUCUGGGACCGUUCGACCGAGUUUCGGGUGAGGAAGGAAACAUUCCGUCCAGAAUACUCGACGCAUUUGUGCAUGGUGUGCCGCGGAACUGGAAACAAGUCAUACGGGGUUGGUCGGAACAGGAAUCCAAAGCAAACGGCCAGGGUAGCCGUGAAGCCGAAAGCACGUCGAAGCACCCAGACCACCCUCCUCAGCGUUGUUCUGCUGAUGGACGUUUCCAGAAGGCUCAGGGAGACGGUGCGUCCAACUUCCAGCAGCACGGACAUCAACAACAGAGCCGUGCUACAUUCGCCUGGGUGCCUUCUUUAACCAAGCAGCAAUCAACUCUCAAGAGCGGAGCGGACAUUGCCGGUAGCCGUGUAGCCGAAAGCACGUCGAAGCACCGAGACCACCCUCCUCAGCGUUGUUCUGCUGAUGGACGUUUCCAGAAGGCUCAGGGAGACGGUGCGUCCAACUUCCAGCAGCACGAACAUCAACGACAGAGCCGUGCUACAUUCGCCUGGGUGCCUUCGUUAACCAAGCAGCAAUCAACUCUCAAGAGCGGCGCGGACAUUGCCGGUAGCCGUGUAGCCGAAAGCACGUCGAAGCACCGAGACCACCCUCCUCAGCGUUGUUCUGCUGAUGGACGUUUCCAGAAGGCUCAGGGAGACGGUGCGUCCAACUUCCAGCAGCACGGACAUCAACAACAGAGCCGUGCUACAUUCGCCUGGGUGCCUUCUUUAACCAAGCAGCAAUCACCUCUCAAGAGCGGCGCGGACAUUGCUGGUAGCCGUGUAGCCGAAAGCACGUCGAAGCAGCCAGACCACCCUCCUCAGCGUUCUUCUGAUGAACGUUUCCAGGAGCUGCAGCGAGACUGUCAGUUUAAUUUCCGGCCGCGCACACAUAAACGAAAGAGCCGUACACUGUAAAAUAAUUUACACCCCUAAAAGUGAAAAAGGGUGUAAAUGUGUCUAUAACUCACACCCUUAGGGUGUGAUUUAUAUAAGUAACACCCUAAGGGUGUGAGUUAUAGACACAUUUACACCCUUUUUUACUUUUAGGUGUGUAAAUUAUUUUGCAGCGUGGUACACGCGCCUUGGCGGAAUGUUUCUGCUCGCUGCCGUAGAAGCACGGGCUGCAGUAGACGUGUCCGCAAGCCAGGGCGUAGUGCUUCGACGGCGCCGCUGCGCACAACGAACACGCUGGCGGGUAUUUCGUGAACAAGCAAGAUGCACCGCCCGACGAAUUGACGUCGUCGAAUCCUUCCAGGGAGUGCCUUCUCUGAUAAGAAGCCGUGGCUAUCGUUAAGCAGCUUCAAUGGACUUCUCGUGUUAGUUGUUUAAGUAGGCGAACCAUUGGUCACACAACACGACAACC